GGCGAGCAAAGCAACAUAACCUCAAUCGUCGCUGCAAGAAGUAUACGUUCAAUUCUUUAAUAAAUUAACAAUAUUUUCUCAAUAAUUCAAGCCUUUUGCGAAUUCUAGUAAAAUAAAUAUUUUUGAGUGCUUUCUUAAGUUAUCCAUUAUUUGGAAGACUGAAAUUUAGUAAUUAUAGAUCUCUUUUUUGUUUAAAAUAUACUUUAAAGUUGUGACGAAAUAAUCAGAUAGGAAUUACUCCACAAAUUGUUCAUCAAACUAUAAGAGAACUGUAAUAGGAUAUACGGAAGAAACAAUGCAAAUGAUGCAAAAAUAAAAUUUCAUUCUAAAAGUUUCUACAAUUAUGAGUUAAUUGUCGCAUUAAGCUGCACUGUGAAGAGGAAAAACUUGAAGACAACUUAACCUUUGAAAAUCACAAUUUCAAUGUGAGUUAUGAAAGAAAAAGAUUUGAAGAUCUCUUGACGUUCAAGGAUUACAAUUUCAAUCAUGAGUUAUGGAAGAGAAAGAAUACAGUAGUCACAAUUUCAAGUUUAAACUAUGAAAAGUUAUGAGAAGAAUGUUUGAAAGCUAUUUGACUCUUUUUUAACAGUUAUAAUAUCAAUUUCAAACUAUUAAAAAGAAGAGAUUUUUAUGUUUAUAAUAUAUUUUUAAAGCUACAACUGCAAACUAUGAAAAGAAAGAUUUGUUUACAUUCAAGGGUAACUAAUCUAAUUAUGAGAAAGAAGAAUUUAUUAAAAGUUACAAUUUCUCUCAAGCUAUAACUAUGAGGAUGAAGAAUACAAAGGUUAUUUGACUUCCGAAAUUUACAGCUUCAAAUUUGAAUUAUGAACUAGGUUCACUUGAUUAUUAAGAACUACAAUAUCACAACUAUGCCACAUCCUUGUGUCGUCUGUGGUCGUUCGCGCAUGAACCCCAACAACCGCGAGGAAGAGUACAUGUUUUUUGGUUUUCCGGUGAACGACGAGCCUCGUUGCCGCUAUUGGCUCGAGUUUUGCGGUCGUGAGGAUCUUUACAAACUUACAAAAAAGCAACUUCUUCAACGUAUGAUUUGCUCCAAGCAUUUCCAGCCCCAAGACUUUCUCAAUGAGUAUUUAGACCGCUUAAAUUAUACUGCAGUUCCAUCAGUUUAUGAUCCUAAACAGAGUUUGUAUAAUAUAACAUGUGUCCUUUGUGGAAAAACACGAAGAGAUCCACCUGCGGCAGAUUACGAUGGAACAACCUUCCAUCAUUUCCCUGGAGAAGAAUUUCGCUGCCUCAAAUGGCUAGAUUUUGUUGGCGUAGACUCUUAUUACAGAUUAACGAGGAAAGAAAUCCUCUUUUGUUAUAUCUGUUCUAAGCAUUUUGAUCGUUCCCAGUUUGUUCCAGGAUAUAAGGGAAGAUUAAUAGAAAAUGCUAUUCCUAACAUUCGCGAUGCGGACCAGCUGGACCAAUCAGGGCCGUCUAUUAUCGAUUUGCAGCCUGAAUUGAAACUUUCCACCUUUCCAGAUAAGUGCAAAAAGCUGGAAUCAUUGUCUACUGAAGUACUAGAAAGCCAAGCUUGCGCGGCUUGUGGUCGGUUGAGGUCCGAUCCAAGAAAUAAGAUUGAACGUUACAAGUUUCACCCGUUUCCGGCAUACGAAAUAGGUCGAUGCUUACGCUGGUGCCAAUUUCUCGGCCGCGAAGACCUACUCAAAAUGUCGCCCAAUCAAAUACGCAAGCUCGUGUUGUGUUCCAAACACUUCCAGACUAAGCAGAAUUUCAACAAGACCGGCCCAUGCGAUGCAGUGCCCACAAUAAAGGAUAUUUCAGAAAGUGAAAAUGUUUCCGAGCAAAAUGAGGAUGAUCAGUACAUUGAAGAAAAUAAUAAAGAUCCUUCCAAAGUCUUGAAGCGCCCGGGCUCUAGACCACUUGUAUCCAGCAAGAAGCCCAAGGUUGACAAUAAACCUGCACCACUGGCGAAAAAACGGGGGAAAUCCCGAAGACCGACCUCUAUUAAUAUUCCUAGACUUGAUUCUAAUAAUACAGAGAACCAAGUGAAAAAAUUACCUCUUCCACCCACGACCAACUGGAAGAUCCAGUUGGGAGAUCAAUUUCAACCCAUUACAAUCAAUAAUGUCGCUUCAAAUAAUGUUGCAAAUAAUGUUCAGGGAAACAUCAAGAAGAUUAUAGUGCCGUUUACUGGAGAUAUAUCGACGCUUGGAGCUCCAAUACCAGUUCAUAGUUUGUCGAGUAUUCCUCCGGGACUGUUAAUCAAAAUAAAUCUUCCAGAACAAGAACAACAACAGCAAAAUCUCCAGAAAGCUUCGAGGAUGAAAAAACAAAGCAAGACGAAAAAUUUUACGAGUAAUUCGAGCGAACAACAAAUUUGGAUGAAGAACAAUCAAACUUCUGUUAUCUUGCAAAAAACGAAGCAGAACCUGGACAAAAGUUUAGUAAAAAUUUUAUCAAUGUCUACAGAAUCUAAUAAGGAGAUUUUAAAAUCUAAUAAAGUACAAAUAGAGAAAAAAAAGGCGCCUCCGCACUCUUUGGAAAUUUUGGAAGACGAAGCUGGGCUGCAGGUGAGUGUAAAAAAGAAACAGAUUGGAAAAAAGACACAUUUUGAAGAGUUGGAUGAUUCAAAAAAACAUAUGAUGAAGAGGAAGAAGGCAAGACGACGGAAUAAAAUUACAGGAACCAUGAAAAGAACCAUGUUCCCUAUCAGAAGCGAGAUUAGGCAUUUCUUGAGAAAAAUGGCACCGCUGAUGCAUCGCUUACCAUCGCGGGUCAGAGCGACGUUGAAGCUAUCGAUUGUCAAUAUGGUGAUCGAUCAGCUUUGAAAAUGCAGAUAUUUUUUAAAAUCGGAGUUCUUUCUUAAUUUUAUUGAUUGGUGAAAAUGGUCGAAGAAGUUUUCGAAAAAUUUAAUUGGGAUUUCGAUUUGUUUCAUUUUGUGGAUUGAAAAAUGCUCGGCAAUUCUGAAAUGUCGUUAAGUUUGAAUUUAUUUAAUUUUCAAUGAAAUACUACAAUCGGCGAAUUCCUCUAUUCUUGUCGAAGUCCCGUAUUAUUUUUCAAAAUAACAUGGGACCGCCUUCUAUUCACAGAAUAAAACUAUCAUUGGCAUUUUUUAUUUUUAACUUAUUUUUUCAUUUAAUACAUGCUCACGUGAUAAUAUAUGUAAUAGGAGUAAUAUACAAUAU